GCAAGUUUGGAUCCUGGAAUCAUGAGCGGGUGCCCCUUCGCAGGGAGCAGUUAUCUAUUUAAUUUAAACAAGCUGUCUUUGGAAGAUGAAAAAGAUGACAAAUCACAAGAAGGAAUAAAUAAAGCCAGCAAAGGUGGUCUUGUCUAUGGAGAAUACCUACAACUGAACAAAAUAUUGAAUGCUCAAGAACUUCAGAGUGAGAAGAAAGGAAAGCAAAUCCAUGAUGAGCAUCUUUUCAUUGUAACACAUCAAGCUUACGAACUUUGGUUUAAGCAGAUUCUGUGGGAAAUGGACUCCGUGCGGGUUAUCUUUCAAAAUGGCCAUGUAAGAGAUGAGAGGAACAUGCUGAAGGUUAUUACUCGAAUAAAUAGAAUUUCAAUGAUUUUGAAAUUGCUUGUGGAACAGUUCUCAGUUUUGGAAACUAUGACUGCAUUGGACUUCUUCGAUUUCAGAUACUACCUAAGCCCAGCCUCAGGUUUUCAGAGCCUGCAGUUCCGCUUGCUAGAGAACAAAAUUGGUGUUCCCCAAAGUCUGAGAGUCCCCUAUAACAGAAGGCAUUAUCGUGAUAACUUCAAGGGACAGGAUUAUGAACUACUGCUUCAAUCAGAGCAAGAACCAACACUGCUGCAACUUGUGGAGUCAUGGCUGGAAAGAACUCCGGGACUCGAUGCUGAAGGAUUUGAUUUCUGGGGACAAUUUGAAGUGAAUGUUUUAAAAGGUCUAGAAGAAGAAUUUACCUUGUUGCAGGCCAAACCAGAAUCAGAAGAAAAAGACGAUGAAUUAUCUGAAUUCCAAAAACAGAAAGAUGUAUUACUUUCGUUGUUUGAUGAAAAACGCCAUGAACACCUGCUUAGUAAAGGAGAAAGACGACUGUCUUAUAAAGCACUGAAGGGUGCCCUAAUGAUCUACUUCUACAGGGAGGAGCCUCGUUUUCAGGUUCCCUUUCAGCUUCUUACUUCCCUUAUGGACAUCGAUGUGCUUAUGACCAAAUGGAGAUAUAACCAUGUCUGCAUGGUUCACAGAAUGAUUGGCAGCAAGGCUGGCACUGGUGGCUCAUCAGGCUACCAUUAUUUGCGCUCAACAGUGAGUGACAGAUACAAGGUGUUUGUGGAUUUGUUCAAUCUUUCAACAUUUCUUGUGCCAAGACACUGGAUACCAAAGAUGAACCCAAGCAUUCAUAAAUUCCUUUACACUGCAGAAUACUGCGACAGCUCCUAUUUUAGCAGUGAUGACUCUGACUAGCCUGCCUCUCUGGACUGGUUGCUGUAAAGAACUUCAGGAACUUCACCUCCAGUGGUGCUGUCCCUCAAAUGUAACAGCUACUCUCAUGGAGUGUGAGCAUGUAA